AUGGAGAACGCUUCCCCACCAUCAGUAUUGGGCAAACGCCCACGGGACGAGUCCUCAGACCAGACACCAACAGAGUCGUCCAAGUUGUUCCAAUGUGGUGACUGCAGGAAGAGUUAUUCACGCGUUGACCAUCUUGCAAGGCAUGUCCGUCUGCAUACCAAAGAGAAACCAUAUCUCUGUCAAACAUGCAACAAGAGCUUUGCUAGAGCUGACCUUCUCAAACGCCAUGUAGCUGGCCAC